AUGGCAACGUAUUUCCUUAUAAAAUAUAUAUCUUCACCUGCCAAUCAAAUAUCCCAUAAAGAUACCACAUCUGGAAACCGGGAUUUGGAAGGUACUGUUGGUCAACAAGUACAGCUCUCUGUGCAGCAAAGCACAAAUUUGGGGCAAUCAUCUUCUGAGGUUUCUCAUCAAGAGGAACCUCGUUAUGCAGUUCAGAAUUCCAGCAAGACAGAAACUCAAAACAUUGCAGGGUUUGUAUCAGAAUUUUCUGCUUUUGCAGGAAAAGUUCCAACUGAUGUCCCUAGCAUAUCAAAUCAGAAGGAUGUAUCAAAAAGCUUUGAGUUUGGUAAGGAGUUGCUUGGAAAGACUGGAUCAGCUGGCUUACAGAGUGCAACAUCUCAAUCAUGGUCAAGUGGGAAAAACGUAUUUGUAAAUGAAUCUGAUGUCAAAUCACCAGUUAUACCUUCAAGUCACAUUCAAGGUAAAAAUUCUGAAAAUUUUGGCACUAGUGUAGGUGCUGCAAAUGUUUCUGGUGGCUUUGCUGGAAAACCUUUCCCUUGGAAGGAUGCCAGGGGGACAUCAUCUUCAGUCAAUUUUUCUACUAGACCAGUCCAGGGUGAUGGUCUGAGAACUUCAACCGAGAUGGGGAAAAUUGAGUUGUUACCAUCCAUACGUAGUUUGCAAUCUUCAACACAAACAAAUUUUGCUUCUGGAAAGUCUCACAACAAUAAGCUUUAUCCUUCCAGAGAUGACUACAAAGCUGCUGUUUCAGGAAUGCCAAAUUCAGAACCAAACUUAUCGAAACAGUCUGGCAAUCUUAAAGAGAUGACCAAGGAGUUGGAUGCACUUCUGCAGUCAAUAGAAGAGAGAGGUGGCUUUAGGGAUGCCUGCACUAUUUCUCAGAUGAGUAAAGUUCAAGAAUUGGAGCAGGGCAUCGGGACUCUUUCUGAAAAAUGCCGAAUGUGGAGGAGCAUAAUGGAUGAACGGCUUGAAGAGAUCCAGAAUCUUCUUGAUAAAACUGUUCAAGUUUUGGCAAGGAAAAUAUACAUGGAAGGCGUUGUUAAGCAAGCUUCUGAUUGCCGAUAUUGGGACCUCUGGAAUCGCCAGAAGUUGAGUCCUGAACUUGAGCUGAAGCGGCGGCAGAUAUUACAAUUAAAUCAGGAUUUGACCAAUCAAUUAAUUGAGUUGGAGCAGCAUUUCAAUACCCUUGAACUCAAUAAAUUUGGUGAAAAUGAUGGCCUUCAUGUAGGUCGGAGAGCUCCUCAGAGUAAAGUUGGGCUUUCAAGAUGCAUUCAAUCUCUGCAUAGCUUGCAUACCACAAUGAGUUCACAAUUAGCAGCUGCAGAGCUACUCUCUGAACGCCUUUCCAAACAAAUGGGUGUUCUGACUAUAGAGUCUCCUAUGAAACAACAAAAUGUAAAAAAGGAGUUAUUUGAAACAAUUGGAAUUCCUUAUGAUGCCUCUUUCAGCUCUCCUGAUGCAAAAGUUACUGACCCCUCUUCCAUGAAGAAACUUCUACUUUCUUCUGGUUCUGCUGCUACCAAAGAUCAUUCCAGGAGACGCCAAUCAAGUGCUAUGAAAAGUUAUGAUCCAGAAACUGCAAGGAGGAGGAGAGACUCACUGGACAGGAGUUGGGCUAGCUUUGAGCCACCUAAAACAACUGUGAAAAGAAUGCUUUUGCAAGAACAUCAGAAGGCGAGUCCAAAUAAAUUAUCCUUGAGCGAUAAGAAAUAUGUUAGCCCUCACAUGUCAAAUGGAGCGGCAAUUGUUCGUCCAAAGGAUCGAGCAACGCCUUCAUCAUCCUUGUACCUAUCUGGAAACGAAGGCAUUCAGGAAACUUCACUAAAACAGGCUUCUGAAAACCAGUCAACCUUGUUCAGAUGGGCCAAUGAUCCAGUAGGACCAUCUCAAUCUACGGGGCCGAAGUUUCCUGUGUACCAAAGUAACACUGCUGCAAUAUCAUCACAUUCAGCUCUGCAAUUGCCACUUAUGGGAGGGCAAAAUCAUGCUAGAUAUGAUAUCACUGCAGAUAAAUCAAGCCAUGUUGAUAAGUCUAAUUCGGUUUUGAUUGGUGAGACCAGGCCAAUUUUGCAAUCUGAGACUAGCGUAAAUCAAAAGCCAUCUACCCAUACAGUGUUGCCCUCAUUUGCUCCAUCGUUAUCAAAGAAAACCAGUGAAACACCAAAUUCAAAUGGUAAAGGGAGUUUGUCAGCAAAUUCAACAAUUGAAAGUGAGAAACCUCUGCUGACAACUACAAAAAUUGUGACUAUUGAAUCGGGUAAAAAUCGUGAUGCUCAAUUAUCAAUAUCAGCAGCUAUCCCAACGGCUUCUGCCCUUCCUGGAAAAGUUGCACAGUUUGAUGUUGCAACCAAAAGCAAACCUGGUGAAAAAGUAUCAACCUCUCCUGCAUUCUCAAUGCCACCUGCUUUAUUAUCUCCAAUGUUUAAUUUUUCAAAUGCUUCCCCAUCCACAUUAUCCACAUUGUCUUCAACUUCCUCAUCAUCUGCAAUGUCAUUUGGUGAGUCUUUGACUACUUCUAAAGCUUCCAUAGAUGUUAAGCCAAUAGUUUCUUCAAUAUCCAUGUCCUUACCUUCUACCUUACCAAUUGCUUCCCCAUCCUCAGUAUCAGCUUCUUCCUUUACAACUUUUUCCUCUUCUAGUUUCUUCUCUGUUCAGGCUCUCAAAACACCAGUGUCCUUAUCUAAUACCCCUGCUGUGAGCUUGACGUCAGAGUCUCCUAAAACAGAACCUCAACUCUCUACGGAUAAACUUAUUUCAAAAACAGAAGGCAAUGCUACUAUACAAACAAAGCCAGUGCAGCCAGGUUCUCCAGUGGCUGGAUUUGGUUCAAAGCUUGAAACUUCUGUGUCAUCUACCUCUGCAGUUGAAGCUCCAACUUCAGUGUCAUCUACCUCUGCAGUUGAAACUCCAACUUCAGUGUCAUCUGCCUCUGCUGUUCAUACUCCAACUUCAUUGGCACCUGGAAGCAAGCCUAGUUUUACAAAUACGGCAGGUAAUGUAUUUAGUGUGUUAUCAAAUGCUCAACGAGAAGAGUUAUCUACUGCAAACACUCUGUUUUCAUCACCGAUCCCAACUUCUGCAACUACCACUGGUGGCAAGAAUGAAAGUUUGGACAUUGCAGUUUCACAGGAGGAUGAGAUGGAGGAGGAAGCUCCUGAGACCAGCCAGACAACUGAGCUUAGCUUGGGAAGCCUUGGUGGUUUCGGAAUUGGCUCAACUCCCAAUCCAUCUGCACCUAAACCAAAUCCGUUUGGUGGUCUUUUUGGCAAUGCUGCAACAAGUCCAGUAAGUUCACCUUUCACCGUGUCAGUUCCUAGUGGACAGCUGUUCCGGCCUGCAUCUUUUAGCUUUGAAUCUCCACAGUCUUCCCAACCAUCUCAGCCAACGGCUUUCAGUUCUUUUUCCGGAGGAUUUGGUACUACAGCAACUCCUCAAGCUUCCGCCCAAACUGGAUUUGGCCAACCAGCCCAGAUUGGGUCUGGCCAGCAAGCAUUGGGGUCAGUUCUUGGUUCGUUUGGACAGUCAAGACAAAUUGGUGCUGGUCUACCAGGAGCAGGUUUUGCUUCUGCAAGUAGCUUUGGUGGUGGUUUUGCUGCUCCUAGCCCCACAGGUGGUUUUUCAAGUUCUGCAACUGGAGGUGGAUUUGCUGCUGUUGCUUCUGGGAGUGGUGGAUUUGCUAAUUUGGCCUCAGGUGGUGGCGGAUUUUCUGGUGUCGCUUCUGGAGGAGGCUUUGCAGCUGCUGCCCCAGCUGGUGGAGGCUUUGCAGCUGCUGCCUCAGGUGGUGGUGGAUUUGCUGUAGCAGGUGGUGGUGGAUUUGGAGCUUUCGGCAGCCAACAAGGAUCAGCAUUUGGUGGGGGUGCUGGAGGAACUGGAAAGCCUCCCGAACUCUUCUCACAGAUGAGAAAAUAG